ACAAGAAACUUUUGAUCUACAAAUGAAUCAAUUGGAGAAAAGUGAUACGGCGAUCUACUAUUGUUUAAGAAUACAUUUAGGUAACUGGAUGUUUUUGAAUGGGAUAUUUCUUCAAGUUACAGAACCAGAACCCUUCGUGUCUGUUUUCUCUGAAGUCCAACCUGGACCACCUGUGAAGUUGCAGUGCUCAGUCCUCUCCCACUCUGGGAAUGAAACCUGUCAGGAUGGACCCAAAGUGUCCUGGUUCAGAACUGGACCGGGCAGCGUCCAUCCCAGCUUUGUUUUCACUCAUGACGAAUGCAAGAAGAUCAAGGAUAACUCCACGCAGAAUUGCUUCCACACUUUCUCAAAGACCCUCAGCUCCUCCGAUGCUGGGAUUUACAUGUGUGCCCUGGUCACAUGUGGGAGGAUUUUCAUGGGAAAUCCAGUAGAAGUCAUCAUUAAAGGUCUCCCAAGAGAUCUGUUUUGGAGUGUUUUGAGUGUUGCUUUGGCCUUAAGUUUCAUCAUGUCAGCCUUCCUCAUCCACAAGAUCAGGACAACGAAAUGUUGUUGCUGCAAAGCUGGUCCACAAAUACUCGAUGAAACGUCCAGUUGCAUCCAGCAGAGAGACGAGGACUCUUUGGUUUACACCGUGCCGACCAUCGUCACCAGGAAAACUGCCAAGGCGAGGCAGACAAAAGAAAAAGCAGCAGAGGAAAUGACCACCUACGCUGACGUGUGUUUUCGAAACUGA